ACACUUAACAUAACAAAUAACAAGCAAGUAGUGACCAUUUCCUAGAAGCACAUAAAAAUGUCAAAACACUAAACAAUAAGCACAUAGAAAAAUUUUCAUUCUUCAUCAUCCAUGUAGGUCCGUCCAGUCACCACUUCAUCUUCAUCGUCCUCAAAAGGAAUCUCCUAUCCAUCCUCCUCUUCCUCCUAUUUAGUCUCGAAUUCUUCAUCAUGGAGCUUUCUCAGUCUUGCACCCUACGAAACUCACUAUAUUCACUAGCCAUUGCCUCUGUAACAAUAAUCGAGGGUGUGCACAAUCUGCUCCCCCAUCCUCAUCCAUGAACACAUACAUAACAUAGUCUACCCUCCCUCAAAUAGAAAACCAUGUUCUUCAGGUGAGUAAGUACUUAAGAGAAUACCAAUGCUCUUAUUCUCCUUUAUCUUCUUCUUGUCAACCAUAUAAUAUUUUACUAACUCAAAAAACUUUAAUCAUCUUCUUCCGGAGAGGAAGAAAAGAGUCAGACAUUCGGCAGGAAGUAUAUUACUCUAUGAGUUUUGAAGGAUGGGAAAAUAGAGAGGUUUACUAAAGUUUUCUUGAGAACCAAUCUAUCAACUUCUUUGCCUCUUGAGACGAUGCAAUGAGUUGGAUCAACGGUGUGCGGGUUUAAAAAUUAAAGUUGGUUUUUGAAUUUAACCAGUUGAGAAUAGUUUAGUAAGUGAUGGGAUGGCAUGGGUGUCAAGUAAGUAUAUUUGCUGACAUGGUAUAUACAUUGCUCACAUGGCUAAGGUUACUUAUUAAUGAAAUAUUUUGUGGACUUAGGGCAAGCCGCCAUUUUGUUAUGGAUAGACAAAUAUAUCUAAUCAUUUUGAUAAUUUUGAAAUUCGACAACAAUUUUGUAAUAUUGAUCAUAAUUUAAUGAUGGUAUUAACCCGGGAUAGAAUUACGUUUUGAAUUUCCAAGUAAUGAGCCAUUCUAUCCAUUAGUUACUUAGCUUAAAAAUACUGAGUGAAGUGCCACCACAAAACCCUAUAAUCCCCUUGGCUAGUUUACAGUGGAUGUUUCCUAUCCAUGUGAAGAGAUCAUUAUGUAGUUUUUCUUUCUUCAUACUAGAAUCAAUACCCACGGUUACACCGCCGCGAAUAAACUUGCAUCAAAAUCAUCCUUUAGAAUCCAUUUGUACCUAGUCUAUCAUACACUAUAUGUGUUCUCAUAAACCAAUCUCAUUGGUUAAGUAAGAUGGCAUUUGAGAUGUGAAAAAUUGAAAUAAACAUGUUCUAAGAUCGAUGAUAGGUGCGCAAAGAGAGAAGGAACUUAAAAUAAAAUAGAGACCAUGUAAUAUCAUGAAAGAAGAGAAUUCUAUCAACUUGACCCAAGGGGAUUUGUUAUGUGAAUUAAUGAAAUAGAUCACCAAUAUCUUCAAAUAAAGUGACAAAGAGGUUAUGAAUUUAAAUAAUGAUUAAACCGAUUUGAACGACAAAUUAGUCAAAGGACCUAACUUAUCUCUUAGAACCAAGAAAUGUGUUGAAACUCCAUAAAAUUUCCAACAAUAUGAUAUUUUGUAAGCAGACACUAUUUGUAAACAAUUAAGAGAGCAAAAACCUAAAAAACCAAAGGAGGAAUUCUAUUCCACAAACAUAUAGCUCAAACCGGAACCACGCCUACGAGGAAUGAGGAAACUAAGAAAAAGGGAAAUUUGUUUUUAUCUUUGAUCAAUUGUUCCAAACAACCUCUACGAAGAAGCAACGCAAGAGGCUUUCCCCAGCUAGAGGAGCCAUGACCAGACACAGAGUUCGUUUUUUCGGAAGCAACUGCUGACAACAAAUUUCAAUCAUUGCAAGCUAGUAAGAGCCUGCAAUCAAAGAACUGUGAAUUGUCAAGUAAUUUCAGCUGCAGUAUCAUUUGACACUCCUAGAGGCAUAACAGCGGGAGUUCCUGACUUUAAAAAAUGAGCAGGUUUACAUUGAAGGGAAACGCAAUUACUCCUAAGGAUUGAGUUGAUAAAAAUCAAAUACUCAUAACCUAAGCGCUGGCCUUUUUAAUUUCAUUAGAGCAAUUUUAUCCACCGAAAGCUUUGCACUUUAAACCAAAUACAUAAGUAGCCACCAUCCCCGACCAUAUCCCCUUAAUCCCAAACUUGGAUCCCAACCAAUGACAGUUCCCAGUGGGAGUCCCACCUAAGCACAACUUCACGUCACUUGAAAUUAACUAAAAAACUUAAACUUGCAUUAAAGAGUUAAAACACCAUUUUGACUCGAUGGCAGAAUGAAAGUUGCAAAUGGAAACCCCCAAAAGCGCAUAUCUUAACCGUUUAGAGGUAUCGGUUCAAUUCACCUCAAAGCACUUCCAAUGUGUAUAUAAAUUUACAACUUAAAGCGUUAAAACGUAAGCUAUUCACUGUUCGCAACAAUUGAAAGGAAAAAUUAAGUUUUGCCAUAAGCUUAAUUUCAGAAGCUAUUUGAAAGUGCUUAGACUUCUACCUAGUUCAUCUGACCGAAUGCUUCCUACCUUCCAACCAUUUUCGCUGCUCUGCUAGUUUGAAAAUUCGUUCACUAAAUCUCUUUUGAAUUCUCCACUGCACCUACCGUCCAGCAUUUGGCAGUUUAGUUGGUGCACUUUCAUUGCUCAACGGACUUGAGUAAAUUAUUUGUCUCAACCAUAAUCUCUAUAGUUAGUAACCAUUGGAUAAAAUGAAAGACCCAACAAUCGCAGCAGAAAACAGUACCUUCUGAUUUCAGUUCAUUCAGCUCGUACCCUCGCCAAGUCGCUAUCCCUGAUGGCAAUGAUAAUCGACCAUUUCAUUCGGGCUGGAUUUUCUUGUUAUUCAGUCCACAUGCUUAGUUUAAAGAUCACUUCUAAGUAUGAGGAAGAAUAUCACCUAAACUCCCAUAGUAUGGAAAGCUGCAAAAUUUGGUGGGGGGGGGGGGGGGGUGGGGGAAUCAGAUUCAACAAAAAUGGAAGAACAUCAGUACCUAUUCCUAGUGAUAGAGUGGUGUUUAAUAUCAAAUCUAACUUUGUGGUAAUAUACAUUAGAUAGGUGAAGAAGAGUUGGCUACGCUAACCUUGGGAACUUCCACUGUAUGUCAAGAAAUUGCAAGUGGUUUCUGCAGUAUGGCAUUGAGCAUCUUGUGCUUAAAAUGGUACUGAUGUUGUGCAUCAUGGAUGAGGAACACUCUCAAUUAAAUCAACCAAGUUUGCAUAAGUAGGGACACCAUUGCAUACAAAUCUUUUUGAACCAUGGACUACCAUACCUGUAAGCCUAUUGGACAGAAAGCUAUGAGGAGCUAUUUUCGUGAAUCUAGCUCUAUCAACUGGAACCCCUUGCUCCCUGUACACCAUUUAUCUUCCAUCAGGCAUGUUUGGAGAGCUGAUAGACAGGGAUAGACACGUAUCUUCCAUCGGCUAUUUGGUUCCUAGGACAGACUCAAUUCACCUCUAAAGUCAGGGAUUGGCUUUCUUAAAACCAAUAAGGCUGAACCCAAAAGUAGGAGAAAGGCAUUGUCCAUCAACCUAGAUCAUACUCUAUCUAUUCAUUCAUGCCCUGACCCAAUCUAAAUCACUGAUCUUGUACAAAAUUGCACCGGAACAAAAAAAAAACCGUGUUUGCAGAGUGACUGAUGGGUAACCAACCUCCUUGAAUCGAAUUAUGUUAGUAAGCAAAUUAUGUUAGUUUGAGAAAGAGAUGGAUAUAGAAUGAGAUGAGAUGAGAUAAGCGGUCAAUAGAAAAAACAACAACAGAAGGAAAAUGAGGUAUCUGGAUCCUCGGGUAUGCUACCUGAAAUUCAUUUGACACUUGACAGUAGGAAGAGGCAGAGAUAAUAGAAGGCUUUUCGAAUUUCACAUUCUUGAAGGAGAGAAGGAACAUAAUAAGGCUGACAUAGGAGCCAUCACAAACCAAUAUUUGGCAACCUACAAACACAGUCAACGCAAAUAAGGUGAUAGUCACAAAGAUUAGAAGUAAAAAUAGAGUUGCAUGGUACAAAAGAACGAAAAAACAAACAACCGAAAGAUGCAAAGACAAUUUGGACUUGUUGGGCAAUGAAUUGAAAUCUCUAACAGGGAAAUAAGCACUGGAGAAACUGGUGGAUUUGACAUGACUGAGACUCAAAGGCCAGGAUGAGAUGGAAGUUCUCCAACGAUUUGGUGUAACUCACCGGGUCUCCACAGCGUACCAUCCUCAAACUAGUGGUCAGGUGGAGGUCACCAACCGUGAGCUCAAAAGGAUAUUGGAGAAAACAGUCAGUCAAUCAAGAAAGGACUGGGCAACAAAGCUCGACACUGCACUAUGGGCUUACCGUACGGCGUACAAAACACCAAUCGGCACCUCACCAUAUCGGUUGGUGUAUGGCAAAGCCUGUCACCUCCCCGUUGAGUUGGAACACAAAGCUUACUGGGCGCUCAAAUACCUCAACCUCGGCGGAGAUGCUACCAAGGACCAUCGUCAGGCCCAAAUCAAUGAGCUUGACGAAAUGCGCCUACAAGCCUAUGAAAACGCCAAGUUAUACAAGGAACAAACGAAACGACUCCACGAUUCCAAGAUAAAGCAAGACAAAAACUUCCACGUUGGAGAUCAAGUCUUGCUAUACAACUCUCGUCUUCAAUUGUUUCCUGGGAAGCUCAAGUCCAGAUGGACCGGUCCUUAUGUGAUCACACAAGUGUUUCCCUACGGCGUUGCUAAAAUUUCGCAUCCCGAGAGGGGAACUUUCAAAGUCAACGGUCAUCGUCUGAAACCAUACCUCGGUGGCAAUUUCGACCCCAAUGCCGAGGCACUUCAUCUUCAGAAACCUUGACAAAGUACACUACAGUCCAGCUAAUACGACGUUAAAGAAGCGCUAUUGGGAGGCAACCCAAUGCUGGUUUGCAUUUUUAUUCCCUUUCUUUUUUACAUUUCUUUGAGUUUUUCAAUUUCAAGAAUAAAAACCGUCACGAAAC